GGGGCUAUUUUGAGUCCGGGGAUUUUUUUGUGCUGUGUCUGGGGGCAGAGGUGCCAGUCGCACCCUGUUCAGACUGUAUGCAACAACCACCGUCAAAUAGUUUACAGGCCAAAACUCUUUGUGGUGUAGGAAUUAUUUGUAAACAACACGGAGACAAACAGACGUCGUCUAGCGUUUGAUGAAGACACCACCUGAGGUGGUGGGAGUGAUGAUGAAGUCAACUCCUUCUCCUCCUCCGGCAUUUGUCCGUGUCAGUGAGCGAGACCUGACAGAGAUUGAGCUCCAUUCAGUGGAGUCUAUUAGUGACCUGCACCGUGCACACCCCGAGCACCACUCUAAAGGUGUUGUGCCACCCCGUCCACCACCUCCAUCCACCAAUGGGACCCUUCAGAUGCAAGACAGGGGAGCUGCUUAUCAAACAAGGCAACCGGUGCAAAGGCCCUUUUUGAGCAGGCUGAAUGACACUUGCACUUCUACUAGGUGUCGGUAUUUUUGGGCAUUUGCUGCCGUCAUUGUAUUCCUCCUUAUGCUCAUUCUUAUCUUCGUUAUAUUAGUUCAGCAGAGCAUUACUCUUCAAACACUUGUGGAGAUGGUGAAACAGAAACAGGAACCAUCUGAGGAAAUCUCCAAAUUUACAACAGCUGAACCUCAACCUAACCACAAUAGGCAAUGAGCAGCGACAAUGAUAACAUGCAGUAUUAAACAAAGCCACAGCUGAUCUGUGACAACACUGAGAGAUGAACGCUGAUCAAAAGUCUGGUAAUGAUUGAGAACCUCAUCAACACGUGUGGUUUUCUGACUUGUUUUUGAUUCACGAUAUUUAUUGGUCCAUUAUUUUACUUAAAAACAUUUACUUGGCCUGUUUGUUUUUAUGCAAUGUAGCGAUAAAUAGAUUUUUCACCAGUAUUGUGGUUAAUAACAUGAUGCAUCAUGAUGUCAAUUUGCUACAUUAUUUAUAAAGUCACUACUAUAUCAGAUAGAGAUAACAUAGAAAGAAAAUAAUUUUUUUCAUAGCUACAAACUGCAUUUAAUAUAAAACCCACUUGAUCAAGUAUUUUUUAAAAGAACAAGAUCUGCGAAAUUACUGGAUCUUCUUAUACUGUGUCGCACUUUAAGCCAUGAAGAAAUGAUGCCCAACAGAGAAAAUCUGAAUCAACUGCAAAUGAAUAGUUAUCAGUAUUAGUAGUUCUGGGUUCUUAUCAUUCCACUUCUGUCCAAUGUAGAUGCUGCCCUUAUACACUGCAAUGGCUAAAACGAACUAAAAUAUCUCAUAGUUAGGAAGUUUGAGACAUCAUUCUCCUUUGCAAGGUACAAGAUAAAUAUUUCACAUGCGAGGACUAUUGAAUGAAAUUGUAUAUAUGUGUAUAUUAUUAUAAGGAGCAUGAUAAUGUCAAAAAAUUUAAACAAAGAGAAUAAACAAAUUAUUGAAUUAUAAAAUUGAAAAAAUAUAAAUGACAACAUGCUUACAUGCUAAUUCUGUUUUUUUUUAAUGCACUUCAAUUAAACCAUUUCAUUUUUAAUGUAUUAGUCUUACUGUGAACAAUUCAUUGGUACACAUUAUUUCAAAUAAAAACAUUGUGUGUUUA